AUGAAAAAGUUGUAUUCAUCAACUUCUGGCCUAGCGCGACAAUGUUCUGAACUAGAAACGCCAGAAUUUGAACUAGAAGAAAAAAUUGGUGGUGAAUUAGAAGGAAGUAGAGACAAUGAAUUAGAAGGAUAUGGUAAUGGUGAAUUGGAAGGAAGCAGCGACGAUAAUCUAGAAAGAAGUGAUAAUGAUAAAUUAGAAAAAAGCAAUGACAAUGAUGGCGAUAAUGAACUAGAAGGAAGUGACGGUGAUGAACUAGAAGGAAGUGACGAUGAUGAACUAGAAGGAA